UGGGAGCGGUUUGGUGUGUUCGGUGUCGCUGCCUGCCGCUCGCCAGCGGACUCCGCAGAGUUUCUCUGCGUCACCGGGUCCGAGGGGGAACUGUUUGCGGGUCGCUGCCAGAGCCUUCUCCCCGUAACCUUUGAUGCUGUGUCCAAUCAAAAACCUGUCGAUCUCUUUCUGAAAUACGGAGCUUGGGAGCCGAGGUGGUAUGUCGAAUUACCGGGCGAACGAGUGGUCUUUGGGGAACAUGACUGCCAUUCACCGAGCUUCACUGUUGUGUGGACAUGGGCUCCAGUCCUUGCAUGUGGGACUUCAGCCACUGCACACAUCGACAGCUUGCGUCUCCAAUGGCUACUACGAUGUCCUGGUGCUCGGCGGUGGGACAGGCGGUAUCACCAUGAGUGCACGGAUGAAGAGGAAGUUUGGAGCUGGAAAAGUCGCAGUUGUCGAGCCGAAUGAAAAUCAUUACUACCAGCCCAUGUGGACUCUGGUAGGGGCCGGAGCAAAGGCUCUGAGGGCAUCGGGACGUCCCACAGCCAGCAUCAUCCCUUCGGGGGUCACGUGGAUCAAGUCCAGAGUUCAGGAACUGCAUCCAGACAAGAGUCUUGUUCGUACCGACGAUGGGAAAGAGCUCACCUACAGGUACCUGAUCGUUGCCCUGGGACUGCAGCUCCGGUACGACAAGAUUAAGGGGCUUCCGGAAGGAUUUAACAGCCCAAAAAUUGGUUCCAAUUACUCGGUGGACUAUGUCGAGAAGACCUGGAAAGCGUUACAGGACUUUGAGGAGGGAAAUGCCAUCUUCACCUUCCCCAACACUCCAGUCAAGUGUGCUGGUGCUCCACAGAAGAUCAUGUAUCUGUCUGAGCAUUACUUCCGCAAGGUUGGAAAGCGAUCCAAGGCAAAUAUUAUCUACAAUACUUCUCUACCAGUCAUUUUUGGAGUGAAGAAGUAUGCCGGUGUGCUUCUGGAAAUAGUUAAAGCGAGGAAUAUAAACGUGAAUUACAGGAUGAAUCUGACUGAAGUUCACCCAGACCGACAGGAGGCCGUGUUUGAGCUUCUGGAUUCUCCAGGGGAGACCAGAACCUUCCAGUAUGAAAUGUUGCACGUCACCCCUCCAAUGGGCGCCCCGGAUGUUCUACAGAACAGCUGCCUGUCUGACGCCGCUGGCUGGCUCGAUCUUGACAAAGACAACCUCCAGCACAAGGAAUACCCAAACGUGUUCGGUAUCGGGGACUGCACCAACCUGCCCACGUCCAAGACUGCAGCAGCUGUGGUCAAUUCCCUGGUCUCUGGACGAUUUAACGCCUCUCCUUGUCGCUCCGACCAACAUUCCCUGGGAUUUAACGCCUCUCCUUGUCGCUCAGCGGCCCAGUCUGUGGUCCUCAGCGCGACCAUCUCCAGGGUGAUGAAGAACCGGAAACCACAGAGAAAGUACGAUGGCUACACGUCCUGCCCAUUGGUGACCAGCUACAACAAGUGUGUACUGGCAGAGUUCGAUUACAAUGGGGAGCCACUCGAGACCUUCCCGUUCGACCAAGGCAAGGAGCGCAGGACCAUGUUCCACAUGAAGGCUGACUUCAUGCCUCCUCUCUACUGGCACGCUCUCCUCAAGGGCUGGUGGGGCGGGCCAGCACCGUUCAGAAAGCUGCUACACCUCGGCUACAAGUAGCCGGCCGUGGUGACCGCCAAUUCGACACUUCGACGCACACCUUCUGAUAUAGAGACUUACCUUCCUUAGCGACAAUCCAGAAUUGUUACUGGAAACAACUGUGUCCUUGGCAUUUCUGCAAAGAUUUCAGUAUCAUGUCUACUCUCAGCGCAGGAACAAAUACCCGACCCCUUUGUCUUCCAUGCCUCCUGCCCAGACCGGGGCCUGGGAAAAUGAGGCUAACAUCACGACUCAGAAUCCACCUCCACUAUUCCCAGUACCGACUCCCGUCAGGAUAGGAACUGUCUCCCUCAUUCCCAAUCCCAACUCCCAUCAGGCUAACAACUGUCUCCCACACUCCCAAUACCAACUCCCGUCAGGGUAGGAACUGUCUCCCUCAUUCCCAAUCCCAACUCCCGUCAGGGUAGGAACUGUCUCCCUCAUUCCCAAUCCCAACUCCCGUCAGGGUAGGAACUGUCUCCCACAUUCCCAAUACCAACUCCCGUCAGGCUGAGAACUGUCUCCCACAUUCCCAAUACCAACUCCCGUCAGGCUGAGAACUGUCUCCCUCGUUCCCAAUCCCAACUCCCGUCAGGCUGAGAACUGUCUCCCUCACUCCCUGUACAUUGACUGCAUCCUCUGACUUUGCUUAAACCAUGCUGCUCCCUCAAUAAAAACCAUGAGCUCUAUAUGUGUGAGACUGCUCU